UCGUCAUUUGGAGCAAUUUGCUUGAUUAUUUAAGCAAACCACCUUGAAAAUGCCGCCCUUUUCCGCCUGUUCUAUGUGCAACGUGAGAACCAGGAAGGUGGUAAAGGAUCCUGUGACCUUAAAGCUAAUCUACGUGUGUCCAAAAUGCUUUAAGAGCAAGUUUCAGAGCAAAAAGCAGCUAAUUGAAGCUGGGAAUUUAAAAAAGGAAGGACAAUCUCAACUCCCGCCAAUGAAAAGGGGAACCUAUCAGGAAAAAAACGAAAAGAUGGCCAAGAAACCAGUUGAUGUAUGUUUGGGAACUGAGAGGAAGGAAAAGAAAAGCUGCAAUUUGGCAGUGCAAAGGAUUCCAAAAGUCACACCUCCACUCAUGCAAACUGUGAUAAUUAAGAACCGAAAGUAUGUGGCCAUCAGUGAAACGGCCGACGACGAGUGA